GUUUAGAAACACCCAUUAUAUCGGAAACAGAACACUUUUCCGGAAACGUGCUCGACAUGGCGGAAAAAUCUUGGGAUGACGAGGAUUUUGAUCCUGGUGUGAAUUACAGCAGUCGUGUCACUGACAAAUGGGAAGGAGAAGAUGAGGAUGAUGCAGCUGACAAUUGGGAAGAUUUAGAUGAAGAUGAGCAAAAAGCCGCAGAAGAAAAGAAGAAAUUAGAAACGGUCAAAAAAAAAAAGUCCUUAAAAGAUAAAAUAGCCGAAAAGGAGGAAAAGUUAAAGAAAGAGAGGGAAGAGAGAAUAAAGGCCAAGGAACAGAUGGAGAAGGAGUUGACAGCUGAGGAAAGACAAAAGCGAGUAGAAGAAUCUGAUUUUGAAUUGGCGAAGAAUAUGCUAGGAGUUAACGAUGCGAAACCAGUUGGAGAUGGAAUUGAAAGUAUGCAGCCUAAAUCUAAAAGUGACUUCGAAGAAUUCGCCAAUGCCUUAAGUAAAAAGAUAUGCCAAUUCGAAACGAAUCCGUUCUAUGCAACAUUUUUAGAAUCUUUGUUUAGAAAUCUUACUGUAAAUAUUGAAAGUGAUAGUAUAAAAAAGUUGGGUACUUGUUUGACCGUGUUAGCAACUGAAAAAUCAAAGCAAGAAAAACCGGCUAAAGGAAAAAAGAAAAAAACUGGUCCAAAGUUAAAACAAGAUAAUAAUACGGAUUACUAUGACGAUGAAUAUGGCGAUUUUAAUGACUUCAUGUAGAAUUUAUCACAGAAGAAGAUUCGUUUUGGCUUCAUAACUAUUACAUUUGACUUUUAGGGCGUUCGAACUAAUGAAGUAAUUUGAGAAAUGCAUUUAUCAUGCAUCUGCUGAAAUAAAAUCAUUGAUCAAAUUUCAGUUUUUUUACAUUAGCUUUUGAAAUUCAGUUGAAACAGAUAUGUUCAAUUUAUUAUAAACUAUAUAA